AUGAGAGCCCACCACCCGCAACGCACACCAGAAGAGGCGCAGCGCACACCGGGAGAGGCGCAACGCACACCAGGAGAGGUGCAGUGCACACCAGGAGAGGUGCAGUGCCCACCGGGAGAGUCACAGCGCACACCAGGAGAGGCGCAGCGCACACUGGGAGAGGCGCAGCGCAUACCGGGAGAGGCGCAGCGCAUACCGGGAGAGGCGCAGUGCACACCGGGAGAGGCGCAGCGCACACCAGGAGAGGUGAAGUGCACACCGGGAGAGGCGCAGCGCACACUGGGAGAGGCGCAGCGCAUACCGGGAGAGGCGCAGUGCACACCGGGAGAGGCGCAGCGCACACCAGGAGAGGCGCAGUGCACACCGGGAGAGGCGCAGCGCACACCAAGAGAGGCGUAG